AUGAUGGACCCAGUCGCGAAAUCUUUUUCUUCCAAGCAGUCGGCUUCAUUUGCGAGUAUUUCCUCAGGAAACCAUACUUCAUCAGACUCCAUUGCUACCAACACCAGCGGUAGCAGCAGCGACUCUGGCGAAAAGACCCUUAAUUCCGACUGCACCAGCCUCUACAUCUAUACGGGCGGCCAGAUACCACGCAAUUUCUUCCCUAGUGACGAAGAAGAGGAGGAUUGGAGCAUAAGCGAAAACGCCACAUCUGGCGUGGUACAUUUCGCCCACAGAGAGCAAAUAUUGGAGAAGCCCUAUAUUGCAACCUACCGCCUUAUGACAGCGCUAGAUGUUUGGCUGCAAGAGGUACGAGUACACACUGAGCUCGAGUCCCCCACUCCCAUGAUUAGCAAACCUCUGACCCAUUCUUCAUCGUGUACAUAA